CGCCCCUCUCAAACUACGCUGCCUUUGGGUUCAAAUCCGGAACAACUAAAAGCUGCUGGAAACGACUCAAGUCAACAAACAAGCGGACUUUUGAAGGAACCGGACUUUAAAAAGGGAAGACAGCUCCUGUCUGAAGCCAGAUCUCAGUCAUGGGGGACAUUAAGAAAGGAAAGAAGGUGUUUGUCCAGAAGUGCUCCCAGUGCCACUCCGUGGAUGAAGGGGGCCGUCACAAGGUGGGGCCCAACCUGUGGGGCCUGUUCGGACGCAAGACCGGCCAGGCGGAUGGCUACUCCUACACACAGGCAAACAUUGAGAAAGGUAUCGUUUGGGAUGAUGACACUCUAAAUGUUUACCUUGAAAACCCAAAGAAGUACAUCCCAGGAACCAAGAUGAUCUUCAGUGGGAUCAGGAAGAAAAAGGAAAGAUCGGAUCUUAUUGCCUAUUUAAAGGAUUCAACCUCCUAAUAUACUGAAGGCCCGGACUGAACACAUACACCUGUGGACCGAGGUCUUACAUUGUGCUAUUGUGCAAAAAAAAAAAAAAAAAAAAGGUGUAAUUAUAUUAUAUAUUUCUCAAGAGGUUCUCAAUUUUGUAUUACUGCAUUCUGUUACAUCGCACAAUAAUUUACUCUGUGGAAGUCUGUUUUUAAUGAACAUAUGAGUCAAGUCUUUCUGCAGCUUGUAAAAGUUCAACUUGCCAUGUGCAUGUGUACUGCACAUAUGCUCUUAUUUAGUUGUUGUGUUCAACUUCAUUUUUCUGUUGCGUGUUUACAGCCCACUGUUUUUUGGUUGUAUGUCUGAAAAUGGGUAGAUUACGCAUUAAUAUCUUGAAACCAUUUGUUGUUAAUGUUAUGAUGCUGCACUUUUAAACUGGGACUAAAUGUAUAUUCUGUUUCACACAUUUUAAACUGAUUUCUAGUUAUAUCUAUAUAUCUUUAUAUCUUUCUAGUUAUCCUCUGCUCUAGAGAGUAUAGGCUCAACUCAGACAAACACUUUUUCUUCAGCCAAGCUCAGUUUAUGAUCUGCUGAGAAAGACAGACACUAAAUGACUUUCAUAUUAUAUUUGCAUAAAGCAUGAACAUCUGUCUGAAUAUCAUACUUAUCAAAUUAGCAAUUAGGUCACAUGUUACUUUUUCAUGUGUACAAUCAAAAUGUAAUAAUCCUGAAAAUUAAUAAAAAUGUAC